AUAUGUGAGGUAGAUAAUCAGGAUAAUGGAUCACUUCCAGCUUAUUGUUUUGGUCUGAUGACCAUAUUUUACCUGCAGCAGUGCCAGCCACCAGUUUUACCUGUUCUAUGGAAGGAUUUGUCUGAAGAAGCAUUGAAGAAACCAAAAACAAAAGCAGAUGUUGACAAUAUGAUCCAGGAACUGAAAAAAGAGGUUUGGACAUCGGACAAUGAGUACACUGUUGGCAUGUUAUGGAAAGAUUUACUGAUGUACUAUGGUGUGAACUUUGACCUAGCAGAGAACAUUAUUUGUGUAAGGUCACUAAAGGUCAUACCUAGAGCUGAGAAAAAAUGGAAGAGUAGAAGAAUUGCGAUUGAAGAUCCAUUUUCUAAUAAAAGAAAUGUAGCACGAUCUCUUCAGAACUUAAGAAUGUUUGAUUAUUUCUACAACUGCCUUCGUAAAGCAUGUCUCUACUUUAGUCUGCCAACAUCACAUCAAAAUAUCUCUCAGUACUAUGAAUGUAAAAGAAACACAAGUCAUAAAGCAAAAGAGAAUGAGAUUAAAUCUAGACUACAGUCAAUAGAAAAAAGUCACAACUCUGAGGAACAGACUGGGACGGAAUCAAAGGCAGAUACUAAAAUUGAGAGAGCUGAAAAUAUUGGGACAAUUCAGAAGGAGCUUUCAGAUAAGGAUUGUAUUUCAAAUGAUGAGGAAACUGAUAGUGAUAUUAGUAUAAAAGAAAACCUGUUCUUUUUCAGAAUGCAAAUAAUCUUGCAAAAAGAUGUUUUAGACACAAUAAUAGAUUCUGUGAUUGCUGAUUCUAGUAUUGAAAUGAAGUAUAGUAUUGAUGAAACUGUUGAAGCUAAAGAUGUUACUGUAGGGUCAGGUGAUAAGGUGAUAGAUAAGACAACAGUUCAUCAAACACUUGAUGAAUCAGAUACAAGUUCAGGACUUAGUUCUGAUGAUGACAUGGAGGAAGAGUCCCCAGGUUCUAGUCCAUUAGCAAACACAGAGAAAAGAGUGUCAAGUCCAAUUGGUGCACAAUAUAAUUUUCUGUUUGAUUCUGAGACCUUGACUGAUGGAAAGGGACCAUCUGUGUUCUGUCCAAUAUGUGAGAAAGAAGGACAUUUGAAAUCCAACUGUCCAGAGGAUCAGCUUCCUGUCUUGAAGAAACUUCCACCUGUAUCCAAAACACAUCUUCAACUACUCACCACUGUCAUUAAAGGAGUUCCAGGAGAUUUCAAGUUGACUAAAGAUGAAAUUAGUGAAAGAGAAUUUGUGAGGAAAAACCUUGAAGUUCACAUACAAGGUUUAUAUCCUGACGCACAGUUACGGUUGUUUGGUUCAUCAAUGAAUGGAUUUGGAUUUCAUCAGAGUGACCUAGAUAUAUGUGUAGUCUUCAAAGAUAAGGGCCCUGAGGGAAUGAAUUUUGUUGAACACAUUGAAGCGAUAUGUAAGAGCCUGAAGACUCACAGGGGACUGUAUGGUGUAUUUCCUAUCACCACUGCUAAAGUCCCUAUUGUCAAGUUUAGACAUCGCAAUAGUCAAUUAGAAGGUGACAUUAGCAUGUACAAUAUCUUGGCAAUGGAAAACACAGAUUUGCUGUAUACAUAUGCUAGCAUAGAUUCUCGAGUUCAAACCCUGGGAUAUGCUAUUAAAGUAUUUGCUAAAGUUUGUGACAUAGGUGAUGCAUCAAGAGGAAGUUUAUCAUCAUACGCCUACAUGCUUAUGAUGUUACAUUACUUGCAGCACACCAAACCACCUCUCAUACCUGUACUACAAGAGCUACAUGUAGGUCCAAAACCGGAGCAUAUAGUUGAAGGAUGUAACACUUGGUUCUUUGAUGAUCUCUCUAAACUGGCUGAUGUGUGGCCAGAAUGUGGCAGGAACAAUCAGAGUGUUGGUGAACUAUGGCUUGGUUUCUUCAAGUAUUAUCUUGAAGAAUUUAACUUUACAGAGCAGGUUGUCACUAUCCGACAGUUCAAAACUCUCACAAAGUUUGAGAAACUUUGGAAUGGCAAAUGUAUUGCCAUUGAGGAUCCAUUUGAUCUUGGUCAUAAUUUGGGUGGUGGACUUACCAGAAAAAUGAACCAUUACAUACAGUCUACAUAUGUUCAUGCCAGGGAGUUAUAUGGGACAAAUAUUUAUGGUAAACCUGAAGGAUUUAAUACUAUACAGGAUUACUUUUUUGACCAAAGUCAGUUGGUAGAUGGGGAACCACCAUCAGAUAGAUUGUGUCGUGUCUGUGGUAAAAUAGGUCAUAUUGCGAGGGAAUGUCCAAGGCUUAUUGCCAGGAAAGAAAGGGAAGCUGCAGAAAGAAAGAGGAGGGAAGAUUUAAAGAAUUCAGAACCAGAUAGUAUGAAGGGAUCCCCACAACAUAACAUGCCUCCAAGGCAAAAUAACAACAGAGAUAGAGCCAUAACACAGAGAUCGGCAUCAGAUCCAGCUAAUGGAGACAGUCCCGUCAGAGGUCAAGGUCAUCAGCCUUUCUACCGCAGACAAACCUCCAUGCCAAAUCAAGCUCCUGAUUCUAGACAAAGGAGACCAUUACUAGAAUCACCGAUACAAGAUCGAUACAGUCAUAACUAUCAGAGUCCAAGAUCACCUCGUCAAGACUUCCAGCAGCACCAUGGUUCAAACCGUAGACCACAUCCUGGUUCACCUGCACACAUAAAUUCUCCAUACAGACAACAAGGCUAUCAUAAUCAGCAGCAUCAACAAUAUUAUCCUGACAACCACAAUGAUAAUUCCAGUCUCAGAUUUAACCAGGGUCAAAGUCCAGGGCAGGGUCAAGGUCAGAAUAGAAAUAGGAAUGGUUCACAGUAUUUUUAUGAUCCCAGAUCUCAACAUAACAUGAUGCAGCAGGGAGAUAACAUUAAUUACCCAUCAUCCCCUUCAGGAAACAGAAAUCAACCCCAGUUCAGGAACCAGUACUAUGAAGGAUCCCCACAGGUAUAUGUUAGUUCAGGGAGCCCUGAAAGUGGUGGAAUUCCAAACAUGUUAUAUACUAAUCUGAAUCAACCAUUUAACUUUCCAAUGAAUGUAUUUCAAUCAGUACCUCCUUUGUUUGUUAACUCAAGCAUGGCUGUCAAUCAUGCAUAUCAACCAAUGGUUCCAUUUGCAACCAUUCCACCAAUGGCUAAUGUACAAAAUAAUGUACCAGUCUGUGCAGCAGGCUGGCACCCAGGUAAAGUCGGAAUACCAGUCAAUGAUGAGCAUCUUGCAGUAUCUCGGCAGGAAACCAGUCUUAAAUUUGAUGUAAAUUCUGAGAUUCAGGAUUCGUUACUGAAUGCACAACAGCUAACAGAGUCACCUCUUAACAAGGAGAGAAAAGUUAAUGUCCAAAGAAACAGCAAUAAGGAGAAAGUACAUGUAUCUGAUUUUGGAAUUACAGUGAAAAAUGAGUACUACAGCAGCAAGGACUAAUGUGUUAUCCAUAUUACCAACACAUGGUGCUCAAGCAAUGUUGUAUUUUGUGUAACUCAUCAAAUCAAUGUGUAAGACUAAUUGUAUAGAUAUUGAAGGAUAUUAGUAGGGUUUUUCAUUUCUAUUAUGAUAUUAUAUGUCUAUGAAGUGGAUUCAUUUUAAAUAUUGAAUAUUCAUUUAAAAAAUGACCAUAUGCUUUUCAUAAGCCGUUAUCAGCUUCUAUGAUUGUUUGAUGUCAGAUUAGAACUUUCAUAUUGAUGUUUUAUUAAAAAGAAUUUAAUGUUGAUUGCCAUGGUUACCUGAUGGGGUAGAAAUAAAGAUAUCUUUAAUCAAAGUAAGCUUGCAUUAUAGUAAGGCAGCAUGAUUUACUUUCAGCCAAUAUGUGUUGAUAGGUUCCUUAGAAUUUCCUCCAUUUUUCAAUGGUACAGAUUGAUACCAGAGUAGUUUUUUCUUAAUGAUAAGAAUAAAAUGUUUUCAUGUUUACCAGUCAUUUCCGGAUAGUACUUGUAAUUUUUUCAAUACUUUUUUUACUUCUAAACUCUUUUUAUAUCUUGAUAGUGAAGAGCAGACUGUUAUGAGAAAUAUGUUAUGUUUUUUUAAUGCAUUGUCGAGGAUUUUUUUUUUAUGUAACAUACAUAUCAGUAGAAAAAUGCAUGAUUUUAUUUCAAGAUUUUCUAGCAAGUGCGUUUGUUUUAUGGUGCAUAUUUACUUAUUUUAUUAGUAUUUCAUUAGAAAUGUUACACUUGUUUUUAUGCACUCACUUAGGGAGCGUUUUAUGAAGGGACAUUGCCCAUAGCCUGAAGAUGACCUGUAUUGAUUUUGAGAUAAUUAGGUCAAAGGUCAAAGUGACACUUGCCUGAUCAAUAACUUGAGAAUUAAAAAAGCCUGAGUUUAUGAAAUAUUGUAGGGACAUGGCCGGCAUGGUCAGUAGGUGAACCCAAAUUAUUUUGAGGUUAUAGGUCUAGGUCACGGUAAAACAUGAUGUUAGAUCCUUCUCUUUUAUUUAUAACGAGUUUACUCAGUCAUAGGUUUAAAACUUAUAAAUACCACUAAUACAUGUAUAUAUAUUUCUUUUUUAUAUAACACUUGACCUUCAUGAAAUACACAUAUGUAUGGAAAUUGGCCACUUUGACAGGUUAUUGAAGUGUGGGAAUGGGUGUCCUAUAAACACAUUUUAAUUAUAUGAUGAUUUAUUGUUUUAAUAGAUUUAUUGUAGUUUAAAAUAUAUACUUUUAGCUAAAUCAAAGAGUAAUGUUAAGUGCCUUUCCAAUGACAGUUUGAUUAAAAGCUCUGCAUACUGGCAAUGCAAAUACUGUACUCAAUUACAGGGUUACAGUUAACACUGUGAAUACAUACACUGUAAACAUUGAUUGAAUACAGCUUUUACAAAUCUGUUUGAAACACAGGCGCUAGUCACAUAAUCAAAUAUUUUUCAUAAUCAGCCUAUAUAUGUAUAUAAAGAUAUCUUUAUAUACAUAUAUAUGUUGAUUAUGAAAAAUAUUUGAUUAUGUGACUAGCGCCUGUGGUUUGAAAUAAUUCAAAUAUACUUACUCUGGGAAUAAGUAAAAAAAAAUAUAUAUAUUUCAUCAGUUUCUUUUUCUAUGAACUUAUAAGAGAUAGUAAUAUUGUCAAUCAUAAUUUAAUUAAUUUUAGAUGAUCUCAUUGAGGCAGUUAAGCUUAUUUCAUGAGAUAAGGAUUAUAUUUACUCAUGGUUGUAAAUUAUGUACUAUUCCAUUAUUUAUGAUGCACAAUGAUUUUAAAUGAUUAGAUUAGGGUAAUAACUUGGAUCAAGUUGAAACCUGACAAUUGUUAUACUUGAAUGUUGUUCGUUCGUAUAGGUUGCCCGAAGAUAAACAUACAUGUAUAUUUGCUCGAGGUUUUUCAAUAAGAUUUGAUUUAUAUGGGUUUUUUUUUAAUGAAAUGAAAUUAUAAUUGUUUUUAAUUUAAAAUAAUUGAAGGAGUACCGUAUAUUUGUUUGUAAUGUCUUAAACAUUUUCAUUAUAUUGAUAAUAAAAUGUUGACUAUAGA